AUGGAUUGGAGAAACAGCUCAGUAUGGUCAUAUUUUACUAUUGUAGACAACGUUUAUGCAAAAUGUGAUAUAUGCAAAAAAGAUAAAUCAUAUAAGUCGUCAUUAACUAAUCUUAAAAAACAUCUAUCUAGUUGUCAUAUGAUUUUCUUAAAACAUGAACAAGGCAUAAAUAAAAAUCAAUCCAGAACUAUAACAGAUAUUGAUGACCCUAGUAGUAUGCAUCAUAGUAUUAAUGAGCCUUCAGUAAAUUCGACUUCCCCAUCAUUGCCAUCAAUUAGUUCUGUACCUGGUACUUCUCAUCAAACUUCAUUAAUUGAUCCACCAAAUGUAAAUGUCUUUACUCAAAUCCAAAAUGGUCAAUCCCAAAUGCAAGCUGAAAAUAAUGCAAAAGUACAAAAGCGUAAGCAACUGUCUAUUGCUACUUACAUUCCGAAAAAACUUACCAUUAACAUGAAGAAAGAUAUAGAUCAAUCCCUUUUAAGUUUAUUUACAAAAGAUUAUCAACCCUUUAAAAUAGUCGAGGACAAGGGCUUUAAAAGUUUCGUUAAAAUGUUGAACCCUAGUUAUAUACUACCAAGUCGCCAAUCAAUUUCAAAAGAACAUAUCCCAGCCUUAUAUGAAAAAUGCAUGAGAGAAAUGAAAGAAUUAGUAUUAAAAGAAGCAGAACAUAUUUGUUUAACAACUGAUUGUUGGACAUCACGCAAUAACGAAAGUUUUAUGGCCAUCACCAUACAUUUUAUUGGUUCUAAUUUUUCGUUAAAGUCGGUUCUUAUAAGUUGUUCUGCAUUUAAUGAAAGUCAUACUAGCAAUAAUUUGAGUGCAGAAAUUAAAAAAACUGUAGAUGAAUGGCAACUUGAUGGUAAGAUAGAAUUGGCUGUCUCUGAUAAUGCUAGUAACAUAAAAAAUGCAUUAAGUUCAUUAAAAUUUAAACACAUGGGAUGCUUUGCACAUACUUUAAAUUUAGUAGUUCAAUCGGCUCUUACUUUAGAAAAUGACCUUGUAGAUAAAGUUAAGACCAUCGUCACACAUUUUCGCAAAAGUACAGUAGCCAAUAAUAAAUUGAAAACAUAUCAAAUCAAUAAUGGAGUAGACGAACCAAAAAAAUUGCUACAAGAUGUUCAAACGCGGUGGAAUGCCACGUAUUAUAUGUUACAACGUUUUAUAGAACUAGAAAGUUCCAUAAGAGGGACAUUGGGGUUGCUCGAUAAAGCACCUCAGAGUUUAAAUUGUGAUGAAUGGACAUUAUUAAAAGAAUUGUGUACUGUACUUAGGCCUUUUGAAGAGGCUACUAAAGCAGUAAGUGGUGAAUCUUAUAUAACUGCAUCAAUAGUCAUUGUGUUGGCUCAAGGUUUAAUAAAUGCAUGCACAAAAUUGUCGACGAUGGAAUUUCAAAAUAGAACACAUGCUAUUAUAAAAAAACUUAUUAGUAAUAUGGAAAAUCGUGAUAUAUGGAAAAAUGUUGACAAGAGUAAAACAUUAUGCCGGUCUACUUUCUUGGAUCCUCGUUUUAAAAACCUCCCAUUCAGUAACAAUGCUGUGCAAAACGAAACAACAAAAAAUGAUGUUAUUGAAAAAACGUCCAACAUAAUAUAUUUAGAAAGAUCCAAACAAAUUGAUGAACAAAAUCAAGACCAACCUGAAUAUAUUAGUGUAGACACUGCAUCAACGUCAAAUAGUCUAUCGAUUUGGGAAACUAUUGACACUGGCGUAGCCAAAUUAAUGUCUUCAGGGACCUCAAAGUCACGUGCAAUAAUUGAGGUUCAAAGGUACUUGGAAGAUGGUAUACUGAAAAGAAAUUUAGAUCCACUUAAAUGGUGGAAAUAUCAUAGAUAUAACUAUCCAUACUUAAAUAUUUUAGCUAAGAGGACUUUAUGUUGCCUUGGUACUUCAGUUCCUUGUGAGCGUAUUUUUUCAAAAGCCGGACUCAUUUUAAAUGAUCGUCGUUGUCGUCUUAAAAGUGACAAAAUAUAUUAA